GCCGGGAACUCGGCGCGGGUUUGGGGGCGCUGCGCAGCCGCGCCGCACUCGGGGAAGCCGGCCUCCGGGCCGCGGCGGCCCCGCGGGGAGCUUUGCGGGCGGCGCGGAAGCGCCUGAAGUCCGGCGGGCACAGAAUGGAGCAAGAGCCGAAAAAUGGAGAACCUGCCGAAAUUAAGAUCAUCAAGGAAGCCUACGAGAAGGCCUUUUUCUUCGUCAACAAAGGGCUGACGACGGACGAGUUAGGUCAGAAGGAAGAGGCCAAGAGCCACUAUAAGCAAGGAAUAGGCCACCUGCUCAGAGGGAUCAGCGUGUGCCCCACGGACCCCGGUGGCGCGGGGCCCGGGUGGGAAUCGGCGCGGCAGAUGCAGCAGAAAAUGAGGGAGACGCUGCAGAACGUGCGCACCAGGCUGGAGAUCCUGGAGAAGGGCCUUGCCACGCCCCUGCGGGGUGACCUGCAGGAGGUGCCCAAGUUGUGCCCGGAGUUCCCACCGAAAGACGCCUCCUCGUCCUCGGAGAAGCGCCGGGAGCCUCCGGCCUUCGGCUCCGCCCCUGCGCCUGCCACCGCAGUGAAUGGAAGCGCUUCUGGCGCCGGGGCGCCGCCCGCCGCUCCCCUGCGCGCACCCGCCCAGAGCCACCUGGCGGAGGCGCCGCCCGCGUACUCGCCCCAGGCGGCCGAGGGCCACUACACCGUGUCCUACGGGACGGCGUCGGGGGAGGUCUCCUCCGUGGGGGAGGACUUCUACAGGAAUCAUUCCCAGCCGCCGCCCCUCGAGACCUUAGGGCUGGACGCCGACGAGCUGAUUCUGAUCCCGAACGGGGUGCAGAUCUUCUUCGUGAACCCCGCGGGGGAGGUCAGUGCGCCCUCCUACCCUGGGUACCUCCGCAUCGUGCGGUUCCUGGAUAGUUCCCUGGACACCGUCCUGAACCGCCCUCCCGCGUUCCUUCAGGUCUGCGACUGGCUGUACCCUCUGGUUCCCGAUCGGUCGCCCGUCCUCAAGUGCACCGCCGGGGCCUACAUGUUCCCGGACACCAUGCUGCAGGCGGCCGGCUGCUUCGUGGGCGUCGUCCUGUCCUCCGAGCUGCCCGAGGAUGACCGGGAGCUCUUCGAGGACCUGCUGAGGCAGAUGUCCGACCUCCGGCUCCAGGUGAGCUGGGGCCGGGCGGAGGGAGAGGAUGGGCUCCAGACCCCCGGCCGCGCCUGGGGCCCCGCCGAGCCGCAGAAGGACGCCAGCGGCCCCGAGGGGAGACGCCGGGGCCCUUCGAGGGACCAGGGCGGCCAGGACUUUCGGCCCAAAGGGAAGCAGGGUAAAAAGGCCGGAGGUGCUUCCAGCGAGGAGGUCAGUCUGAGCCACAUGGUGCCCUGCCAGCCCGUCCCGGGAGAGGAGGCGAAGGAGCUGCCCGAGUGGAGCGAGAAGGUGGCCCAGAGCAUCCUGACGGGCGCUUCCUGGGUGAGCUGGGGCCUCGUCAAAGGGGCCGAGUUCACGGGCAAGGCCAUCCAGAAAGGUGCCUCCAAACUGCGGGAGCGGAUUCAGCCGGAAGAGAAGCCGGUGGAAGUGAGCCCCGCCGUGAGCCGGGGCCUGCACAUCGCCAAGCAGGCCACCGGGGGGGCGGCCAAAGUCAGCCAGUUCCUGGUGGACGGCGUGUGCACCGUCGCCUCCUGCGUGGGGAAGGAGCUGGCCCCGCACGUGAGGAAGCACGGGGCCAAGCUCGUCCCGGAGUCGCUGCGGAAGGACCGGGACGGCAAGUCCCCGCUGGACGGGGCCCUGGUCGUGGCCGCCAGCAGCGUCCAAGGGUUCUCCACGGUCUGGCAGGGGCUGGAGUGCGCGGCCAAGUGCAUCGUCAGCAGCGUGUCCGCGGAGACGGUGCAGACCGUCCGGCACAAGUACGGACACACCGCGGGGGAAGCCACGCACGACGCGGUGGACUCCGCCAUCAACGUGGGCGUGGCCGCCUACAACCUGGACAACCUGGGCAUCAAAGCGAUGGUGAAGAAGACGGCCAAGGAGACCGGGCAGACCCUCCUGGAGGAAUACCGGGUGGCCGACCCCUCCCAGGGGGGCGCCCCCAAGGGGGGCGCGCCGGCGAGCCGGAAAGUGGGGAAGGACGCACCCACGGAGGACGGGGAGGGGAGUGAGGCCCGGAAGAAGGGCCCGUGACACCCGUGGGUGGCGGCAGUGGCGGCAAGAGCGGGGCGCCCGGGGUGAGCCAGGUCCCAGUGCCUCCGUUUCCCGGCGGCUGUCCCGUGAGCGUCUGCAGGGAGAAGAGUCGGAAUUCUUUCAUGUGGCCUUUAGAAAUACGCUCUUGCAUUCUCAGUGAGUUUAUUUUUUCGCUACAUGUGGCUAAGGCUUUGCAGUUAAAACAAGGCUGAUAACAACACGUGCCCUCAUUAAACCUGGAACUAAACUAUUUUUGUAUUUGCUCUCUUUCAGAAAGCAAAGUAGGAGAUUAUUAUAUAUUUACAUACAAUUCAGCAUUCAGUAACCUCAGUUUUACUUGUACCAGGAAGGAAUGACUUAAGAUACCGUUUCCUCUUUUUGCACUAACUGUGAAGUUUGGGGCGCGCCUGUCAGGAUCACAGGACGUCACUGAAGUGAACAGUAUAUUCCUAAACUAAAAGAAUUCUCAAGUAUAAUGUUUAAAACAGUUUUUCAGAACAGGGAAUGGACUAACCGUGAA